GUCACGUGACUGAAGCUGCUGAUGUGACGCUUUGCUAGCGCUUCUACUUAGCAACUUUGUUGACUUUCGCAAUUAGUCGCCCCUCGUUAGGUUCGGGGGUUAAAAAGAAAGUAACAUAAAAAAAUGGACAACAGCGGGAAAGAAAAGGAAGCUGCGGCUUUAAUGGCGGAGGCGGAGAAAAAAUUAAAAUCUUCUCAGUCGUUUUUCGGGUCGCUGUUUGGAAGUUCCUCCAAGCUGGAAGAGGCCUGUGAUCUCUAUGUGAGGGCAGCAAAUAUGUACAAAAUGGCCAAAAACUGGUGUGCUGCUGGAAACGCUUUCUCCCAAGCCGCUCACCUCCACCUACAAAUGCAGAGCAAGCACGACGCAGCGACCAACCUCAUAGAUGCUGGAAACGCCUUCAAAAAAGCAGACCCACAAGAGGCCAUAAACUGUCUGAACAGAGCUAUUGAAAUCUACACAGAUAUGGGUCGUUUCACCAUCGCAGCCAAACAUCACAUCAGCAUCGCAGAGAUCUACGAGACAGAACUGGUGGACAUCGACAAGGCUAUUGCUCAUUAUGAACAAGCAGCAGAUUAUUACAAAGGUGAAGAAUCCACCAGUUCGGCGAACAAGUGCCUUCUGAAAGUGGCGACCUACGCCGCUCAGCUGGAGCAGUACCCGAAAGCCAUAGAGAUUUAUGAGCAGGUGGGAACCUACGCGAUGGACAGCACGCUCCUGAAAUACAGCGCCAAGGAUCACUUCUUCAAAGCGGCCCUGUGUCAUUUCUGCGUAGACAUGCUGAACGCAAAGCUCGCCGUGCAGAAGUACGAGGAGAUGUUUCCGGCGUUCUCAGACUCCAGAGAGUGCAAGCUUUUGAAGAAACUUCUCGACGCAUACGAAGAACAGAACGUGGACGCCUACACUGAUUCGGUGAAAGAGUUCGACACCAUCUCCCGGUUGGACCAGUGGCUCACCACCAUGCUGCUACGCAUCAAGAAGACCAUACAGGACGACGAGAGCGACCUCCGCUGACUCCUCCCACUCACCCCCAGCGUUCGCCGCCUGCCUCUCGCUCACACCCCUGCAGCUCUUAACAUUUGCCUCCGGCAGUAUUUUUCUCUCGCCUUUGUAUACCACUCGUGACAAAAAGUCUUUAUACGUGCGAACACUAUUUUUCCUGAUUUCCUGAACCACGUUCUGGUCAGAUUAUUCAGACUUCUGAUGCAAUACCAAAAAAAAAAAAAAAAAAAACCUACCAGCAUACCUGUAUCAUAAAGAUUUUAUUUUGUUUUCAUUGCUCUGUGAUGGACGAGAGAAAGCAACAUUACUAACCGUUUGAUCUAAUAUUAAAUAUAUUUUGCAUAACUUGCUUUAGAAUAAACAAAUUGAAAUGAGGUUGUGUAAGUGGAGCGGCUGGAGUUCGUUUGUAAAUAAACUCGGCUUCGUCUCCAUGAAAGAAGCGAGGGAGGGUUUUCCACGGCGGACAUUUUGGCUCGAAAGAGGCAGGAAAGCUGACGGGCCGCGUUCCAUUUCUGCUCCGGAACACCCUUCAAUCGACUCAGAUUGUAUUGCAGAUAUGAAGGCUGCAAAAUUUUACACUUAAACAUAAUUAUUUUCUAAUUAGUCUGAGCCUGAGUGUUUGUCCCAGUUGUCUCCAUGUGUCCCUGUGAUGGACUGGAGACAUGUCCAAGAUGCCCCUGCUGGGGACGGACGUCAGCCCAUGACCCCCGGUAAGAUGACAUGAAUAAAAAUAAAAACUGAUGGAUUAUCA